ACACAAACUGCAAAAUCUGAUGUAGCAGAAAACAUCCACUUCAUUAACCCCAGACAUGACGGGCCACGCAGCAACACACUGUUUGUUCUUGCCUUGGCAUCUAUGCAGCAGAUUGGACAAAUAUUUAGCUGUUUCAAUUUUCACAGCACAGCAGAUUAAGCAAAAGCCAUAUCUCUCUACUAAUUUUAGAUUCCUGUCAAACCCAGCCUUUCUCAAUCUUUGCUCUUCCUCUGUCCGUUUGAACUCAUCUAUUCGGUUAACCCCUGCGUGACAUGAGCAGCACAGCUGGGACCUCUCCAUUAUUUAGUUUUCUACCCUCUUGUCGGCUUCCUCUGAGGGUUACAGGCCCUGCAGUGCGCUACAGUACGCGCUCCGUACGACUUCCUUGUUGUUUUCGAUCAUCUUGGCUGUGUCAGCAACAAACCUGAGCUCAGGGGAGAGGCUCUCAAGUCUAUUCAUUUUGAAUGAGGCUUUACUGUCAUCUGCCACUCAGUCCUUAUGGUGACUGUUCUCUUGAAGGCACUGCUGAUACAUACAUCUUGAAUGGUAUACAAGAACAAAACGAUUUGUGGGCAAAGAACUGUGUGUUUGGUCAAGGUUAAGUUUGAUACACUGCUGAAGAUGCUCCCUCUACUGAAAUAUGAGAGAGCACCUGGUAAUUCACACCCUUUCUAUAUUUCAUGAAUGGUGUCACGCUUCUUACAGGUAGGGCUGGAUGAUAAAUUGGAUUUUAAUUUCAGGUACAAUCUAGUAUGAAAUUGCUUCUUAGAAUUCAUUUUCACCAUAAAGCUCUAAUUUUGUUUUGUGUUAGAAAUAAAGCACACCCCUUUACCUGACAGUGGUGUGUUUUUACACUCUAAAAGCCUAAGCUAUUUAGUUCAGCUCAAGCCACAUGGACAGAAAGCGAGCCUUUUGUUCAACAAGACCUAUCGAGAGAAGUAAUUGAAGGAAGGAUUCUGUAGGAGAACAUGGUCAUUGGAAACCGAUUUUUUCCCAGCUGCCUUUAUUUCCAGGGUCUUUAACAUGGUCUGCAAUGGAGGAGUUGGCCUAUGCUCCUCCUCCUGUUGCCAGCAGCGGAGGUCUUCUGAUGUUUAUGAGUUCACUGGGCCUCUUGUUGCCCUUAUCUGAACCCACAGACGUCUCACAGUGGAGGCCAGCAGAGCAACCGGUUGCUUCAUAGUCAAAAACAUCCACUAUUCUGUACCUAUGGGCCUAACUCCUGAUUGAACACCCAUUUUCCCUAUCUCCGAUACUCUGUUAUUUAUUUUUAUAUUACUGGAGGUUUAGGAAACCCCCCCAUGUACGGGGAUGGGGGGUGGUGGUGGGGUUAAAGGCUUUUCAGAUCGCAGAGGAGAAGCUGGGGAUCCCAGCUUUGUUAGAUGCAGAGGACAUGGUGGGUUUAAGGAUCCCAGACAGGCUGAGCAUUCUUACCUACGUCUCCCAGUACUACAACUACUUCAAAGGACGGCCUCCCAUGGGAGGUGUAAAAAGGCCAGCAGAGGGCUCCAAGGAGGAGCCAUCGGAGAAAAAAAAUCUCCCAGUGGUUGCCAAAAGCUUUGUAUCUAAAACUGCCACUGAGAGUUGUUUACCUUCCACUCACACAGCUCAGACCUCACCCAAAUUGGCAAGAGCUUCUACUCAGAAGGUAGUUUUGGCUGAAAACACCAACAAAAACGGGACUCUCAAUAGCAAAUGUGUUGCAUGCAAGGGCCAUGUUCAUCUUGUUCAGAGGCACUUUGUGGAAGGCAAGCUCUAUCACAGAAGCUGUUUCAAGUGUGGCGAGUGCUCCAGCGUACUUCAUGUAGGCGGUUACAAACCUGGGACGGAUCCAGACACUUUUAUCUGUAACUCCCACCAGAACACUUCCAAGACUUCCUCCUCUGAGGCUCUGAUCAAAAAUGGUCUCACCAGUUCAGCUGCGCGACCACUAAAUGAUGCCAGCCUAAAACGGCCUUCACCACACCCCCCUUCGGUGUUGUCAGCCCCACUGAAUAAUGUUUUGAAACCAGUUGCUCCUACUCCAACCUCCCAGUCCUGGACGGCCUCAGCCCAGAAGACACAGGCUGCCCGGCAGAAGUUUUUCCAGGCUGUGCCACAAGUUACUGAAACCUCCAAAGACAACAACAGGAAGCCAACAGAGCAAUCAAGUGUUCAAGUAAGGCCAAAGGUCCCGACUGAUGAUGAUGAUGAUGAUCGAAAGAGCCAGUCAAGGGUAAUGGUUGGAAAAAAACUAGCAGAGCAAAACUACAACAAUAAUAACAAACGCCCAUUUACAAUCCGAUCGGCAGAUGAGAGAUGGUUUGGUGAUGAGCCAAGUUUAGCUGACAGCUCUGCUUUGAAAAAGGAUAAAUGCAGCCAAGCCUCAGCAGGAAACUACGCAGGACAGCCCUCCACCACUCAGGCAAACAAUAAGGAAUUGCCAUGUCUAAAGGCCAUCAAUAAAGACAACACAGGGCCAACAAAUGUACACAAAACCACCAAAGAUCCAGUAUACCAUGAGUGGCAAAGAAAACCUGUUAAAACCGAACUCAGGCUAAAAGAUGCUGAACCUCAAGCUUUUACUGAAAAUCAUAAAGCUGAAUUCAUGUCCACACCUCCAUCUAAUGUCUCAAUUAGUCCAACAAGGCUUCCUCUGGCUCAAACACCUGCAACACCAGGAGUUAGCUUUGCUCUGUUUGAUCCUACGUGCUUUAGGGAAGUCAGUCCCCAGAAACCUCAGCCUGCCUCUGAAAUCCUAGAUUUUAAAUUUGGGAGUUGCUUGCCUGUGAAAUCCUCACCCAGACUCCCAGCUGUGAAAUCUAUUAGCUCUUCAACUACUUUUCCAGCCAAUCAUGGAAAUCCAUCAGCUGCUAAAAAAGGAAAGUAUUUGUCACCCACCAACGCCUCCAGGACUGAAAUGAGGUCACCCUCUGUAAGGUCUUAUCAUAUCCCAAUGGAGCAGAUUGAAAGGGAGCUGAAUGAUAUUGAGACAAACUUGGCUCAUUUGGAGAAGGAUGGUGUGGAGCUGGAACAGAAGCUCCGAAGCUGUGAGGAAGAUGGAGAAGGUGACAUCUUGAUGGACCCACUGAUGGUCGACUGGUUUAACCUCAUUCGAAAAAAACAAAUGUUCAUUAGGAAAGAAUCAGAGCUCGUUUACAUAGCCAGGACUCAAGAGCUGGAGCAGCAGCAGCCAGGUGUUGAGGGGGAACUUCGCAGGCUGCUCGAGAAGCCAGAUCAUUUAAAGUCCAGAGAGGAACAACGGCAGGAGAAGAAACUGAUGCAGAAAUUGAUGGAGAUCGUGGAUGGCAGAAAUGCAAUUGUGGAGGGUCUCGAUGAGGACAGGCUGAGGGAAGUGGAGGAAGAUCAGCAGUUGAAUAAAAUGAUGCAAAACCUUGGAGUGAAGAAAGCCAAAAAUGAAAGGAAAUCCUCCAUCUCAAAACUGUUCAGGCGAAGAAGUAAAAGACGCUUUGAAUGAUCCUAAAGGGGAUUAUUUGAUUUAUUUAUUUUUAUUUUUUACUAAAUUGUCAUUAUUUCUAUUGUAUUAAUAUUCCUUUUAAAUAUUUAACUUUUUUAUGUAUAAUUUGUGCUCAUGGGAAAGAUAACAGAAGAGAUCUCAAAUUAGGAAGGAUGUACCAAGCCAUAUUUUGUCUAUACACCAUUUAAAAAAAAUCAGUGCAAAUGUUUUUGUUUUUUUGUUUAAAAAAAUCACUUUCAAUUCUUGGUUUGUUGCUACUCCACUGUUGUUCCACUGUUAAGGUUGUUCGUAUAGAAAAUUCUCAUUUUCUGUUAAUAUAAUUUCAGUCUCACUAAAGUAAAAUGAAUAUCACAUUUGGGGAUAUACUAAUUUUUAUAUAUAUUCUUGGAAUAAAGUAACAAUUUUAAAAUCGCACAUGGUUUAAAAUAAAAGCAGCGUUGAAUCAACUGUCAUAAUGUCAGAAUGAUGAGGGAACACUGGCUCUUCCACGUGCGAAUAGGAGUGAGGAGGAUAAAUGUGUAAUCCUUUGCCAGUCUUAAGUCAAAAUGAAAUUAUUUCAGUAUUUAUUUAAUAAUGGAUUUUAACAAAUUUCCUGUAAGGAUAUUAGAGGGAGCCUUGACAAUUAAGUUUGAAUGGCUGUGGAGUGUAAAAUGGGGAGCCACACAUGUUGAACUGUUGGGCUGUAGUUCCUCUCUCAGACUGUACUGUAGGUGGCAGCCUGGGUAUGCUGUAUCACACGGCAAGAACUUGGAAAUCCUAUUUGCCACAGUACAGACAGUUAAUUUCUUUGCUAAUUUUAUAAAUGCUGCAAAAAUGUUCAGCUGUGCUGAUGCAAUAAUGUUAUGUGAAAGAGGAUUAGGAAGAGCAGUAGCUUAUGGCUGGCAAAGGCUUAUAAACUAUAGGAUGUAUUGAGCUCUUUAUCUUUAAACCUGGUUUAAUUAAACAUUACUCUUUACUAAUAUCUGCAUCAGAAUUGCUCCAUACCUGAGCUAUUAAAAUGUUGAAAUGACGUGCGAGGGCACUCAUCUGUGAAAAUGGCAUUUGCUGUGUUUGUAAGGAAUGCUCUGUAAUGUUGCAUUUUAGAAGUGUUAUUGAAAGGUGUGUGUAUGCGUUCUCCUAUUUAUAGUAUUUUAAAACUUGAAAUCUGUUGUCCAAUA